GAAAUCUAGAUUUUCACCCUAAUUAUAACUGUAAUGACCAUCCUAUGUGUUUAGUGGUGCUGACAGGACCAAACUGGGAAACAUCUGCAAUAGUUGGGACAACUCUGGAUGCCUACAAAACUCAACAGGUCCUCCAGCUUACCUAUGGACCUUUCCAUACCAUCCUGAGUGAUCAUGAACAACUUCCCUAUCUGUAUCAGAUGGCCCCCAAGGACACAGCUUUACCCCUGGCCAUGGUUUCUUUGAUGCUUCACUUCAACUGGAACUGGAUAGGACUGGCCAUCUCAGACAAUGAUCAGGGUACCCAAUUUCUAUCACAUUUGAGAAUAGAGAUGGAAAAAAAUACAGUCUGCUUUGCCUUUGUGAGCAUGAUCCCAGUCAAGAUGGAUUUAUACAUGUCAAGAGCUGAAGUGUAUUAUAACCAAGUGAUGACGUCAUCCACAAAUGUAGUUAUCAUUUAUGGUGACACAGACAGUACUCUAGCUUUGAACUUUAGAAUGUUGGAAACUCUAGAUAAACAGAGAAUAUGGGUCACCACCUCACAGUGGGAUGUCACUACAAGUAAGAAAGACUCCACAAUUGGCUCAUCCUAUGGGACACUAGCUUUUGCACACCACCAUUCUGAGAUUUCUGGUUUUAAAAAUUUUGUCCAGACACUGAACCCUCUCAAAUGCUCAGAUGAAUACAUCACAAGGCUGGGAUGGAUGAACUUUCACUGUGAAGACUCAGCUUCUAAGUGUGAGACACUGAAGAAUUGUUCAUCCAAUGCCUCAUUGCAAUGGCUAAUGGGACAGACUUUUGACAUGGCUUUUAGUGAUGACAGUUAUGACAUAUAUAAUGCUGUGUACACUGUGGCCCAUGCUGUUCAUGAGAUGCUUCUUCAACAAGUGAAUGAAGGGAAAGGACAGUAUGAUAACUGCUUGAAGCUGCACUCCUUUCUGAGGAAGACUCACUUCACUAAUCCUGUUGGAGAAAAAGUGAACAUGAACCAGAGAGAGAACCUGCAGGCAGAGUAUGACAUUUUCCAGAUCUGGAAUUUCCCAAAUGGAUUUGGACUUAAAGUGAAGAUAGGAGAAUUUAGCCCAUAUUUUCCACAUGGUCAACAGCUCCAUUUAAAUGAAGACAUGAUAGAGUGGGCCACAGGAAAUAGACAGCAUUACUGUAGUCACCAACACUAUGAGAAGCAGCUGGAAAUGUCGAGCAGGAGCUUCUACCUUCACGGUACAACUGCCACCAUUUGUGGCUCAGCCUUGGACAAAGCUUCUCCUUAA